UUUGCACUUGGUCUAUGGCACCACUUUAACCACAUCAAACUAUUUUCUCUUCAUUCAAAAUCAUACAUAUCAUGUACAUGGUUUCUUUCAAAACUAAGAUAUCUAGAGCUCUCUUGAUCAUUGUAGGCUCCUCACUUUUUUUAUGUCUGUGGAUCUCUUCCUGGUCAAAAGAACCACCAACCAUUUGAUCCCAGUGACAAAACUACCCAUAACUUUGAGCACUCCUGCAUCUCCGUCACCUUCAUAACCUAUGCGGCUUUUGCCAUCAUUUUUUACAAAACUAGACCAAUGGCUCAUAGGGACGUCAUCAACUUAAUAGUAGCACUCGCCUUCGCGCAACAGCUCUUUCUCUUCCAUUUCCACUCGUCCGACAACACGGGCGUUGAUUGCCACUACCAUUACAACUCGUGGUUUUUGUAUCUUUGGUCAAACACUCUUGGCGAUUGCCUUACCAACACUCUUGCAUGCAUGCUUUGGACACAAUGUUUGGUUUCAAAGGAUUUGUUUCCACACGUUGAAGAAGGUACAUAUACAAUUAGAUGCUAAGCAUCGAACGUAAAUAUACAAUUGGUUAAUAUUCAGUAUAGCUGGUUUCUGGUGAGUGUAACAAUCUUUGCAAUGUGGUUUUAUAUUAUUUUGCAAAGAAUUUAUGGUGAGAAAAUUGAAUAUUCUGAGCUUCGGACAAAGACAUCAAAAUCAUGAUGACUAGCUUGAGAAAUCAUGGCUGCUGGAAAAGUACCAACUUCUAAUAAUAUUUUCGUAUUCCAAUCCAGAGAGCUUGAUCAUGUGAAUUUAAACUUAAUUCUGUAUUUAUUUAAAUGACACUAGAUAGGAGACGAUCCAUUCAUGUAUAGUGUGUUACACAUAUAUGAACGUGAUUAAUUUGGAUUUGAGCCCAAAGUAAAUCGAUUCUUUGUUGUAAUAACCAAACAUGUUUUUGACUUCAAAUACUUCUUUAAUAAUAUUACCGACAAUAAUGGAUUGAUGAUGAUACUAUUGUUGUGGCUAUUGAACACCUUUGUCCAAAACUAGUUCGUAGGAUUAAAAUAAUCGAAAGUGUUCAUAAUUGAAAGUAUUCUAUAGAAUUCUGAAAAAAACAAAUCAAAGAAAGUAUAAUUCGAAAAAACAUUAUAGAACAAUAAUGUCCCACAAAGAAACAUACUGAUAUCACCCCAUCCAAAAGUACUCGUCAUUGCUUUCAUCCCCCAUUAUUGCCGCACGUUCCCUCAUCAUUGUCUCAUGUUCCCUCACCAUUCUCUCAUGUGUUGCACUAGCGUGAGAAAGCAGCGAAGUUGUAUCUAUCAUCUCAGCAUGGGGAGGACGAGGCACUGAUUCCAUCCACCGCGGGAUCACGAACUGGAACAACCAGAUACAAACCUGAAAGUUCAAGUCUUCGUCUGAUGAUGAUCUUGGACGCCAUAACUCAUUCACACUUUUCUUACAAACAGACUUGUCAAUGAAACAAUCAUUAGCUGCAUCCCCCAGGACUGUGUAGUCCUGUUUCCGCAAGUUACACGAUACCAAAUGAUCAUCCCGUUGACUCCAUAGAUAGACAGUAGCGACAUCAAAUGGAUGCAUUGCCAUGGGUGCAUAGUUACCUGUAAUCGGAAAGCCGACUUCCCACAAAAGCUCCCAAGAGUAGUCAUCAUUGUUCAUCAACCUCCAGAUCUUCAAAACAGUUUCAUCCUUUUUCGCUAACGUUCUGACGUACAUGACAAAGCCUCCUGAGGUAGUCAAGGUUCGUUUGUAGUCCUUGUUGUGAUCCGGAUAGUCCGGUAACUGCACAACCCGGAAUUGAUCGGAUUCAGAAUAGAAAUCAUGAGCUAAGAGUACUCCACGCACAGAGAGACAACCAAAGUAGAUUGUACCGUUGAGGUUGAUAUUAUACAUGUUGCCGAUUUGAAUAGGAGAGUGAAUCACUUUAAAAGUCCAGACCCCUGUCUCGGAGGAAUACAGUAACACACUCAAGUCACUCGAGAGAUAAUCAUUUGUAACUUGGUAAGAAGCUAUCCUAAUCACAUUAAACCUCAAAACGACGCCGUCCUCGUCCAAGCGAGUCACUAAACCGAACACGGAAGAAGCACCUUUGGGAUCAGAGGGAGGUGGGGGGAUUUUGAUCCAUUGCUGUAAAACCGGACUCCCCACGUAGCAGUAAGCUUUAUCAGAUCCGUCUGUGAUCAAAACCAAUCCACCGGAAGAGUCCAUAUAGUCGCAACCGUUAUGAUAGUGUUUGAAAGACGGUGGGAUGAGUGGAGCUGGAGACUUGGGAAGAUAAUCCCAUGUUUUGCGUCCAUGGAAGACUAUGAGUUCGUCUUGUCCGAACACGAGCGACCACGAUGAUGAAGAAGAGGAGGAGGAGUUUCGGUGCAGAGAUAAAAAGAGACGGCGGAAAUACGGGGAUUCGAUUGUCGAUUUCCAUUUCUUGCAGACUGAUUUGAAUCUGCAGAUGGUUCUCAAGGGUGAUCUCGCUAGAAUCUCUGUCUGCAACACCUCCAAGAGAUGUGUUUUUGUUUCCAUCGCCAUUGGAGAUGUCUCUCUCUCUCUGCGAAAGUGACGACUAGAGGGUUUCGAGGUUUUUUAGUUAGUGAGGUGUGUAACGCUAAAUUUUUGCGUUAGAACUGAAAGGAGGCGAUAAGGCAACAUUGUUUUACAUAAAAGAUAUGGGCCUUAGGGCAUCAGCAUCAAUGAACCUUAAGGGAGGUUCAUAACUUUAAUUUUUUAUUAUUAUUUUUUUUAACUUUUCUGUUUGAUUUUAAAAAAAAAAAAAAAAUUAAGCGGACCAAUCACGGGCCGCCACAUGGCAUGGGACCCGCGAUACAGUGAUGAACCAGGUUCAUCCCAGUGAUCCUGCAAAAGCUGAGUUCACAAAAAAUAGAAUAUUUUAAUAUUUUUUUUUUUGGGGAAAGGUGUGAACUUCUGCAUUGAACCUUCAAUGCAGAUGCUCUUAGUAAUACAAAUCUAUACUAGCCGCAUUGAACCCAACUAAAAUGAACAAACGAAAAUACCAUAUAAGAUAACACUAAAAAAAUUUCUUCAGCAAAUAUAGAUUUUAAAGAUCAAAUUAUCAAAAUAUUUCAUUAAAGAGUAAUAUACAGUUAAGGUUAACUAAUUUAAAGCUUACAGUUAAAAUUUGAGAUUGAGAUUUGGGAUUGAGAUUUAAAAUUUUAUAAAAUAAAAAAUAAAUAUUAAAAUUUUGAAAAUAAAAAUCUUAAAAAUAGCUUCAAAAAGUAUUUUCGAAUUACAAAAAAAAUUUGAAAAAAAAUCAAAACAAUAAAAUUUAUAAAAAAAUUGGAAUUUAAAACAUAUAUUCUAAAACUAUAAAAAAAUAUAUAUUUUUAUUAUUUAUUUUUAUAUUUAUGUUUUAUUUUUAUAUAUCUAGGGUAUUGCGGUCUUUUUACCUAUUAAAUAAAAUGUUUUGGUAAUUUUUUUUCCUUGUGGUCUAUUUUUGUAAACAAAAUUUGAAAAUAGUCUAUUUAUGAGAAUUGUCCAUGAACAAAAGUACAAAAUUAUUAAAGCCCAAAACUAGUGUGAUGUUUUAUUAUGUUUUGUUUAAUUUAUAAAUAAUAUUAAUUAAUAAGACGUUAUAAAAAAUAUUAAUUAAUAAAUAAUAGAGUUUAUACAAUAGACAUGUGACAUAUUUGUUAUCUAAUGUAACUUAAUAAAUAAAUAAAAAUGAGGAAAGUAUACAAAAGUACAUCUGAAUUCGCCUUAGGAAACUCUCUCAGCCUGCUAACCGAGGAGCAGUGCUUAGGAUAAAUCUCGUUUAUUCCAGAUCUGUCGUUUGAUCAUCUCUCUUCUAAAGCUGUCUUGUUCCACCUCCAUGGUCCUGAUGAUGAAUGCUUCUCCUCUUUCGCGCUUUAAGGUUCUUCUCGUCGCCGUGUAAUCCUUCACGUUAGUUUUCUUCUGACAUCUGCCCUUCGAAACUCCAGAUAUGGCGCCGUGUAGCCCUCAUAUUGAAGCUCCUUCUCUUGGCUGCCCUCCAGACCUUCCAGACGUCGUAUUUUUCAAAGCUCUUCUUUGUUUCUUCGACGCUUUCUCCAAACUAUUUCUUCAAACUCUUAUCCAUAUCUCAACUCUGAAGCCUCCAUCGAGGAUGGCGACAAAGAAUGAUGGUGGUGGUGGUCUCCAUGUGUCUGCUAUUGACACUUUCUUCACCUAAGGGCUUAUAUCUCAUGUGAUAUAUAGGUUUCUAUUUGAGUGUGUCGACUGGCCUUCGAUCAGUUUUUGUUUCGACCUCCAUGUUAUUCCUCCUCAUAAGGUCCUUCAUGUUCAUCUAUCUCUUUAUUUUCCACCUAUUGUGCUACUGUAUAAUGGUUUAGGCAGAUAUUUGUGUAGGCAACGUUAGAGUUGAGGUUCAUGACUUUAGCUGGUGAUGUACUAAUGGGCUUAGUUCAUUUGGUUCUACUUUUACGAUCUUUAAUAGUAUUUAUAUCACUUUGGCGUGAUUUCCUGCCAUUUUUUUUACGGGUUCUAUUCCGGCUGUUGGUGUUGUUGUCUUAUAUCUCUCUUCUUUGGCAGGUAGAAGAGAAACUCAUUGUCAUCUUUAGCCCGAUGAAUAUGGAUGUGGCGGGUUAUGAUUUCCCACUUGUCCCUCGUUUAAAUCAGUCUCUUUUUGUGAUAUUUUCUCUUAUAUAGGAUGAAUUGAAUGAACAAGCUUUGUUGGUAUUGCAAGGAUCUUCUUUCCAUCUGACGCUUUUCUCUGCGUAUGCUGCAGUGUGUAUGGUUUACGGGUUACACUAGAUGUCAUCUUUCAAGAAGUUUAUGGUGUUGUUAUGAUAUGAUUUCAUAUGAGUUUUUAUAAUCUAUAUUGUCAUUUUAUCUCUUAUAUUAUCGUUGUUAUUGUUUGUUUGGCUCUCAAUAGUUCUUUAUAUCUUUUUUUUUCUUUGAUGAAGUUUAAACGUGUUUAAGAUUUAUAUAACUAUGGUUUGAUUAAAAAAAAGGGAAAUUGCAUUCACUAUACACAACAAAAACCAAAAUUCAUUAACUAACUAAAAACACCCCCUCUCUCCUACUUUCUCUUCCUAUCUCUCUCUACUCUCUCUCUCAAAAUCUAAUUUCCCUUAUUUUUUUGGUUAUUUAACAAAUAAGCCCUAAAAAAAAUGAGGCAAAAUGAAAAAAAAAAGGUUUCACAUCAAUAUUUUUUAUAUCCUAAAAUACAAAACUUUAUUAAAUAAAAUAUUUACUACUUUUUGUUGAUGUAGUAGCUUUAAAAAUUAGUGUAAAGCAUGCCUGAAAAUUAUAGAUAGAAUUUAAGUGGUAAAUUAGUUUUAUAGUCCAACCAAUCACUCGUUUUCUUAUUGAAUAUAGAGAAGUGCUGCUUUAUAGAUUAGAAUGAAUGUGUUGACAAAAAAAUUAGAAUGAAUGUAUCUAUCUGCAGAAUUCAUUGUUAUAGUUUUCUAAAUUACAAGAAAUGAGAAAUUCCCCGAAUAUUCUUCCUAAUGGUCAUUCAAACAUUUUUAUUAAAUAACUAGGGUCGGCCCGGGCUACGCCCGGGUUUUUGUUUAAAUUUUAGUUUUAUUAUAUAUUUUGUAUAUUUAUUUUGAUAUAUAUAAAUAUUAUAAUCUAUUAUAAAAUAUAAGUAGCUAUAAAAUUAUAAUUUUUAAAACAUAUUUGUUUUUAAUCAUAUGAAUCUCAAAUUUUUAGUAUCCAAAUUUUUGAUAUUUUUUUUUGGAAAUUAUAUUUAAGGUGAUGAGCAAAAUAAACCAAAAUUGAUUAAAUUUUAAUUAUGUGUUUGAUUGGUUGCAUUGUAGAAAUGCUUCAAUUCACUUGACUUUUUUUAAUAAAUGUUGUUUUCACAUUAGUUUCUGAAUAAUUUGAUUGAUCAUGCCCUUUAAAUUUACAACCCUAUAUAUAUAUCAGCGGUUUAAAAAUUGUAAUAUUUUAUAUAUUAAAAAAAUUGUAACUAUGUCACUAAAAACUACAAACUAAAUUAUUACAACAAAAUUUCUGCACUUACAACCAACUAAUAAGACCCAUGAUCUAAAUAUUUUUUUUAUCUUACAUAUAUAAUUUUUUUGUGUAAAACUUUGUUAAAUGUACAACCAAUCAUAAAUAGUUGAACAAUGGUGUUUCUGCAAUGUAUUAUGUUAACAUAUCUUUUGAUGUAUUAAUUAAUUUUGUGUUGUGUAUAUUUUGUAGUUGUUAGCCUCUAAAUAAUUGAUGUUCUUUUAUCUUUUGAAUGAUAUAUUAAUGGGAUGUGAGUUUGAACUUAAUUGGUGUGAUUUGGGUGUACUAUCAUACAAUGGGUUCACAACUUUACUUGUUUACAAUAGUGAAUAUUUUUAUGCUAAUAUUUUCUCAAGUUUUUUUAGAUAGUUAGUUUUUAUUUGUUUGUGUCUAAGUGCUCAUUUUAUUUUAGUUUAAAAUGUUGGCCUAUUGAACUCAUAAGGUGAGAAUUUUGUAAUUUGUUUGACAAAAGACAAACAGUUUGAAACAAACAAUUAAUCCAGUUUUAAUAAAAAAAGGAAGUUUAGGGUUAAACUCCAAAGAGAUUAAAAUUCUGGGAAAUUCUUAAUUCACUUUUGAGAAAUAUAAAUUUUCAAUUGGCUUUAUUUAAUUCUGAAUUUGUAAAUAUUGAGUUAGUCACUAAAUUUAUAUAAAUGAUUAAUUUUUUUUUUGUGUUCGUACUAUUGGCCAAGUCUACUGAAAACAGUUAAAGAUAGAAACUGAAAUCAUACGUGCAGUCGAGAGAGAGUGUGGGGAACAAAAUUAUUUGGUUUGAAAUGAAAACAAACGGUUUUAUAGAAAUUGCACAGCUCGUCUCUUUCUUCAUUCUCUCUUCAUUGCUGAUCCUUACUGCUCCAGUUCCCAACCUUUUAGUAGUCGUAGCUUCUGUUGUCAUUAUUCUUUCCUGUUUUGAAACUGUUGUCCUUUCUCUUACUAUCCAAGAUCAUGUUUGCAUGAAAAUGCUGGUCAUAAUCCCAUGAUUUCUCCAGUGUCAACUUCAGUCUUCAGCACCCCAAUUAACAUCAUCAACUUAGACAUCAAGACCAGAAAUAUGUACACAUGAAGUUCCAUUUAUCUCUGCCCAAUACACGAUUUAGCGUUCUUGAAUGCGUUUUCUCACACACUGGACCACUCAAACGUAUAGAAGCACAUACCACUCUUGUUCUACAACUUUGGACAAUGGUACUGAACACAUAAAUAAUUUUCCCAAGCAUGAACAAACUGUUUGCAGCAUAAGAAUAUCAGUG